UUUAAAAAAAAUAUAUGUAAAUUGCAUAAAAGAUUAUUCUUUGAAUCGAACAUAAAUAUUCACGCAAUAAACAACAUAAAGUUAUAAUGGAUAGUGAAUCACAAUUUGCAACAGAGAGUAGCCAAGCUCCCAAGAAAAGUGUGAAACUGUAUACUGAAGAUGUUGAAGAGGCUACAGAAGACGAUGAGUCUGGCUUUAGUGAUUUUUCGGAAGAAUCAGCCAACAUAAAAACUGGUGCUAGUACUUAUAAUCUUUCUGACUUAAAGAAAAAGCCAUAUUCCGUGAAUGAUCUUCAAAAGGAUUCAGAUGAUCCAAGUGAAGAUUCUGACACAUCGAUGGGAAAACGUGCAGAGUUGAAACAGGAAAUAGAAUUACCUAUCCCACAAGAUUUCUUUGAAUUAUUGGCAUCAAUUCCUGAAAUUGAAGAUAUUUCGUUAGAUUCGGAUUUAGAAGAAGAAUUGGAAAGACGUAGCAAAGCGUCUAGAAAAUCAAGACACUCUGAAGAAGAAGGGCGAUUCACUGAUCCAUUAUUAGGUACAGACAUAUCAUCAUCCGAAUCAACACCCAUAUAUGAAGAGGAAGCUAUUGCCGAAAGUAAAUCCGAAUCUGUUGGUAUUCUUAUUCAUGAAAUAUUUUUGCCGAAAUUGCCAAAGGAGAAAAAAAUCGAUAUAAAAGCGUUGGAAGAACAAGAUAUAGAACACUUUUUUGAUAUACCUGCUGUGCUACCUGUUGUUCCAGAGGUCAAUGUAGACGAAUUGAUCAAAUUAGAAAUACAACGUCAAGUUAAAGAGGAUACCAAAAAACUGCUUUAUACGAUAAUAGAUCACGUCGUCACAAAAUGUGAGCACAUUGAUAUGAGAACAUUGUUAAAUGCAAGUUUGGAUAAAGAAGUACUGAUCGAAUUACUAGAGCGCAAAAUAUCGGAAUAUAACACGGAACUUAAUGUUAAUAAAUUUCUUGUUAGUAAAUGCACAAUGUACUUUUAUCAAAAGGGAAUGAAAAGAUUUUUAACUCCUGAUAAACAGAAGCCCAAAAUGCUUAGAAAAAAAUAUAUUGAAAAACUGCAUCUCUUAGACGAAAUGAUGGAAUGCAAGCAAAAAGUUGAAGAAAAAUUCGAUAGCAAAAUUAAAAAUCUUCGCUCAGCUAUAAUCGAAAAAGAAGAGUCUGUUGCUAGACAAGUUGAAGAAUUUGAAGAACUAGUUUUGGAAACAUUCACAAAGAACAAGUCUGAUGAAUUUCGCAAGUAUGUGGAAAGUAGUUUAGCUAUGUUUCGUGCGGCGAGAGCUGAAAUUCAGACAGCACGGAUAGAAUUUAUCAAACGAAAGCGAGAGGAUAUAUUGCUUAGAAAGAAAUUAGAUGAAACAAAUCAACUGGGAAACGGUAUUACCAUUGAUAAAGUUGAAUUGUUAGAAGCUGAAGUACAAACACAAAGCAAAAAGCUUGAAGCAAUCAAUAGCGAUAUAAGCAAGAAGCAAGAGGAAUUUAACUAUGUACUACAUUGCAGAGCUCAUUUGGCUGAGAAAAUCAAACUUCAAAAUAUUGAAGUUGACAAGCUCACACAUAAAUUGGACAUGAUCAUUGAAAAGCGAGAGAAUACGAAGAAUGAGACACAUGAAAUAACAAUGGAACGUCUAGAAAUACAAAAGGAAAUGAAUGAAUUAGUGGAUGCGGCUGGUGGAUUGAUAAAUAAAUAUCUUCUCUUGGAAGACUAUGAUGUAACUUCAAGUAAAUUAGCUGAAAUUAGACAGAAAAAUAAAGAGACUAAAGAGGAAAUGGCUAGAACUAUCAAAUUUAUCGAGCGCUUGGAAAGUGCAUUUAAGAAAGAAGAAAAUGAUUACUAUAAUUUUUAAGCGGUAAAGAUAUGAUUGCAGACAUUAUAUAUAUAUAUAUAUAAUACCUCAUUGAAAACGAUUCACCAUUUAUUUACAGCGAAAAGUCUUAUAUAUUUUUGCAUA